GCUGAUUCAUCAUCAUAAAAACAUUGAAUAAUCAAAACCCAUUAGUUUAAGUUUUUCCCCUAAAGCCCUUUUCAUUAUUCGACCCAAAGAUUCAACCCCAUUGGUCGAUUCUCACAUGAACAAGAAUUUCUUCCAGGGAGUAGUGUUCUUGUGCUUCUCGCCAGGCUGUCUGGGCCGGUUUUUCUUGGCAGUGCAUAGACAGACAAGAAUUGGACAGAAAGCUUUUGACUUUUGGGGUAGAGCUUACCGGUUUCAUCUUUUGUUGGUCUGUUUGGUUUUGUGGAGUGCGGAGCCACCUUUCCCGGAGUAUCUGUUGAUGGGUGGCUUCUGAAUUCUUUCUCGGCGAAGCAUCAGCAAGAAAGAUUGAGAAUCUUUUACUUCUGUUCAUAUCAUGUGUACUCUGCGGUUGGGUUCAUUAAAAUAAAUUGUUUCAUGUUGUAAGCAUAAAGCAUUGGCGGAAGUGGGGGAAUUAAGCACCAUAAAGAAAGAUGGAAAGGCAUCUUCCUCUUGCAAGAGCAAGUACUAGUGGAAAUACAGUUCUAGGGAACUACAAGAUCAUCAGAAAUCUUGGACAUGGUGCAUUCGGCAAGGUCAAAGUUGCACGGCAUUUGCCCACUGGAUGCAAAGUUGCUAUCAAGAUUCUUAACCGCCGCAAAAUAAGGGAAAAAGGCAUGGAUCAGAAAGUGGAGCGGGAGAUCAAGAUCUCCAAAAUGCUUGUUCAUCCUCACAUAAUUCGGCUGUAUGAGGUUAUUGAAACAGCAACUGAUAUCUAUGUGGUCAUGGAAUAUGCUGAACGUGGCGAACUGUUUGAUUAUAUCGUGGAGAACCGAAGGGUUCAAGAAGAAGAAGCACGAAAGUUUUUUCAGCAGGUAGCAAAUGCAUCUAAUGAUGAUUCUGUGUUUCGCUUUGCUGUUCUUUUUAAACAGCUUAUUAUCAAUUCAAUGCUCUUUCUGUUGGAACAGAUUAUUUCGGGUUUGGAGUACUGCCACAAAUACAGGGUCGUUCAUAGGGACCUUAAGCCUGAGAAUCUGCUAUUAGAUUCUAAUGGGAACUUGAAAAUUGCUGAUUUCGGGCUAAGCAAUAUUAUGUUGGAUGGCCAUUUUUUGAAGACGAGUUGUGGAAGCCCGAACUAUGCUGCACCCGAGGUUAUUUCGGGUAAACUUUAUGCUGGUCCAGAGAUUGAUGUUUGGAGCUGCGGCGUCAUUUUGUACGCUCUUCUUGCUGGGACCCUUCCUUUUGAUGAUGAAAGCCUACCUAAUCUCUACAGGAAAAUAAAGGGUGGAGUUUAUACUCUCCCAAGCCAUCUGCCGUCAGGAGCAAAGGAAUUGAUUGCAAGGAUGCUCGUCGUGGAUCCCAUUAAGCGGAUAACAAUUCCUGAGAUUCGCCAACAUCAUUGGUUCCGAGUCAAUCUUCCUUGCUAUUUGGCCGCUCCUUCAUUAGAUAUUAUUAAUCACACGAGAAAGAUCGAUGAGGAGAUACUUCAGCGGGUGACUAUGAUGGGAUUCGACCAAAACUUCUUGAUCCAAUCUCUUCAGGAGAAGCUUCACAAUGACGGCACAGUAUCGUAUUACUUGCUGUUAGACAACUAUAAUCGUGCAAACGGCUAUUACAACAUCGAACUGGAAAUGUACCAGGAGAACUACUCUGCUGCUAUGCAAAUUGGGGAAUCUUCGCAAUCAGCUGCUAGUGACUGCCUCACGGGAAUUCCGAAUCAUCACCAGAGUAUAAGUUUGAGGCCUCAGCCUCAAUCACAAAGUUCGGAAAGAUGGGCUCUUGGGUUACAGUUCGGAUCGCAUCCCCUUCAGAUCAUGGUGGUGGUGCUCAGUGCUUUGCAAAAGCUGAACGUUUGCUGGAAGAAAAUUGGGCAGUACAACAUGAAGUGCCGGUGGUCUCCAACUUUCAAUGGCCAUACUAGUCAAAUUCAAGCCCCCAUUAAAGAUACUGCGCUGAGAGACCCCUCCCAAAUUGAUAUAGACAUAAAUGCCGAUAUAUUGGCAGCAAUUGUGGCACAGAACACCGUGAAAUUCGAACUUCAGCUGUACAAGACUUUGGAAGAGAACAAUUACCUUCUCGACCUGCAGAGGAUUAUGGGCCCGCAAUUGCUCUUCCUCGACCUUUGCACGAACUUCCUCUCUCAGCUGCAGAUCAUCUAAACAGUUUUCCAUAAACUACGACCAAGGAAUCUGUAUAUAACACAGUAUACAUAUAUACAUGUGAUCCCUUCCUUUUUUACUUUUGAAGGUUGUUCACAACUCUACUUUUCCCAUCUCUUGGAUGACAAGAUACAUCACCGGACAUCAUUAUUAUGAGUUAUUGAAGGGAAAGUUUGAUAUUUUGCGAUUUUC